UGACGUUUCGAACCAAAUAUAAUUUUGUGUUUCAUGAGAGCUUCAGCUGUAGGUAUUUAACUUAAAUUCUUCUGUAAUUUAACGUAAAGAAGCUAUUUCCUACUAAAAAUCAUUAAUACAAAAAUGUCGGUAACGAAAUCAAACAAAAAGUUCAAAUGGGCCUUAGAUUUUAACCAAAAGCCUCGAUCCCAGACAACAGAAUUACCGUUUCCCCCAGGAUAUAGUCAAUCGACAAGCGCAAACUAUGCAGAAUCGUCAAAAGAUUCAGAUUCAAACCUUCUCCUUAUAAAGAAGCUUUGGGAUGUCGCUUUGGGUCCUCUCAAACAAGUGCCUAUGAACUUAUUUAUUAUGUAUAUGGCUGGAAAUUCAAUUUCGAUUUUCCCAAUUAUGAUGGUGGGUAUGCUUAUUGUUCGUCCCAUCAAGGCACUGUUCUCGACUCAAAGUACAUUCAAAAUGGUGGAAGGCACUCAAGCAGCUGGACAAAAAUUGGUUUACAUCUUUGGAAAUAUUGUCAAUAUAUUUUUAGCUCUUUAUAAGUUCCAAAGUAUGGGAUUACUUCCUACACAUUCUAGUGACUGGUUGGCAUUCGAAGAACCAUUAACAAGAGUAGAACACAUAGGAGGUGGUUUAUCAAUGUUAUAAAUGAAAUGCAUUGUAAAUUGCUUUGUAUUUAUUGCAAAAUAAAAUCAUACUACAUA